GCUACAGAUAUUGAGCGCAGCGUCUACUGUCCGGGCGAUACAUUAACGAUACGGAACAACGGUCCACGAUAUAUUGAAACUAGCCGUUGCACCUCAAAAAUUCAAAACUCCAAAUCCUCUCUCACACAAAUUAACCAUAUUAUUACUGCUUUCCAUUUCCAUCUCUCCCCCGCUCUCUCUCUCUGAUUUGCCUAGAUCUGAUAAAAAAAAAUCCAUUUUGCUCCGAUUCUCAGAAAAUCUGGUGAUAAAAUUGGGGCUGGUGGCCGUGAAAAGUGAAUUGGUGCUGUAUCAAAAGAAAUGGAGAAGAUGACAGUAAGAACUCCGAGUUCAAAAAUGGAGAGGGGAAACACCAACACCCCGGUAACAACUCCAGGUGGGAACAGAGCAAGGGAAGAGAAAAUAGUGGUGACAAUACGUUUAAGGCCUUUAAACAAAAGGGAGCAAUCAUCUAAAGAGCAAAUGGCUUGGGAAUGCACCGAUGAUCAUACCAUCGUCAACAGACUCAACACCCACGACCGUGCACCUCAACCAACCUCUUUCAUGUUUGAUAAAGUGUUUGGUCCUGAUUGCUCAAAUGAAAUUGUGUACGAGGAUGGAGUGAAGACUGUAGCCUUAUCUGCUCUCAUGGGAAUCAAUGCAACCAUUUUUGCGUACGGACAAACUAGCAGUGGGAAAACUUACACGAUGAGAGGAAUUACGGAGAAAGCUGUUAAUGACAUUUACAUGCAUAUAAUUAAUACUCCGGAACGAGACUUUAAAAUAAGGAUAUCUGGCCUUGAAAUCUACAACGAGAAUGUAAGGGAUCUACUCAAUUCAGAAUCUGGGCGUAGUCUUAAACUCCUGGACGAUCCAGAGAAAGGAACUGUGGUCGAGAAGUUGGUGGAAGAGACAGCAAAGGAUGAUCAACACUUACGAAAUUUAAUCCAGAUCUGUGAUGCUCAAAGGCAAGUAGGUGAAACUGCCCUUAACGAUACUAGCUCGAGAUCGCACCAAAUAAUACGACUGACAAUUGAAAGUACUCUUCGAGAAAACUCAGAUUGUGUGAGAUCAUAUGUCGCAAGCUUGAAUUUUGUCGAUUUAGCUGGAAGUGAAAGGGCCUCUCAGACAAAUGCAGAGGGUGCCAGGCUUAGGGAAGGCUGUCAUAUUAACCUCAGCUUAAUGACACUUACAACAGUAAUUAGAAAGCUAAGCGUCGGAAAAAGAAGUGGUCACAUACCGUACCGUGAUUCAAAGCUGACAAGAAUAUUGCAGCAUUCGUUGGGAGGAAAUGCACGUACUGCCAUUAUAUGUACUUUGAGUCCAGCAUCAUGUCAUGCUGAACAAUCUCGCAAUACUCUCUUCUUUGCUACCCGAGCAAAGGAAGUGACAAACAAUGCUCAAGUUAACAUGGUAAUUUCAGAAAAACAGCUUGUGAAGCAUUUGCAGAAGGAAGUAGCAAGACUGGAAGCCGUGCUACGCACCCCAGACCCAUCUAGUGAGAAAGAAGCAAAAAUUCGACAGAUGGAGAGGGAAAUGGAAGAACUCAGGCGGCAAAGAGAUCAAGCACAGUCCGAGGUGGAAGCUUUGCGUAGUAAACUUGAGGAGGAGCAGAGGGUGAAAAUAUCGGAGUCACCUACUCCUAUGGCAAAGAAGUGCCUCUCAUUUUCAACAGUUGUGUUACCAAAACACGACGGCAUGGACCUAAAAAAUACGGGAAGAAAGCAGACAACAAUGAGGCAAUCAUCAACAGCUCCUUUCACUCUGAUGCAUGAAAUUCGGAAACUGGAGCAUCUUCAGGAGCAAUUAGGCGAAGAAGCUAAUAGAGCCCUUGAGGUACUACAAAAGGAGGUUGCAUGUCACAGACAAGGUAACCAAGAUGCAGCAGAGACUAUCGCUAAGCUGCAAGCCGAAAUAAAGGAUAUGCGUGCUAUUGAACUUUCUCCCAAAGAUUUAUUACAAGUUGGAAAUGCCGUCUCUGUUAACAAGAGUGUCAGUGCAAAUCUCAAGGAUGAGAUAACCAGACUUCACUCACAAGGAAGCACAAUCGCAGAUUUAGAGGAAAAGCUCGAAAACGUUCAGAAGUCAAUAGAGAAAUUGGCCAUGUCUCUUCCAACCAACGCUGAUCAACAACAACCUUGUAAAGAUGCAAAUAAUCCAAAGCCCAAGAGUUGGGCGAAAAAGAAGAAACUGCUUCCGUUGGCUUCGAGUAAUGGUCUCAAUAGGCACAACUUCAUAAAAUCUCCAUGUUCACCUUUAUCUGCUUCAAGGCAAGUAUUAAACACUGAUGACAUCGAAAACAGAGCUCCAGAUUUUGACGACUCUGCUGCAUCUGCAGAAACUAAUGCAGUUUCUGAUAAAGAUACUCCCACAAAAAGCGAAGGUGGAGAUGCGUCUUCCAAGGAAAAUACUCCGUAUCGACGUUCAAGUUCAGUAAAUAUGAGGAAAAUGCAGCGGAUGUUUCAAAACGCAGCAGAAGAAAAUGUGAGAAGCAUAAAAGCCUACGUAACUGAGCUUAAAGAACGUGUUGCCAAACUGCAGUACCAGAAACAGCUUCUUGUAUGCCAGGUGCUCGAGCUUGAAGCAAAUGAAGCCGCUGGACACAAUUUGGAGGGUGAUAUGAAUGAUUGUGUGAUACAAGAAGAAGAGUCACCAGCUCAAUGGCAUGUGUCCUUUAUGGAGCAAAGGCAGCAAAUCAUUGAGUUAUGGGAUGUUUGCCAUGUGUCAAUCAUUCAUAGGUCGCAAUUUUAUCUCCUAUUCAAAGGUGACACUGCCGAUCAGAUAUACGUGGAAGUUGAGCUUAGACGCUUAGCAUGGCUGCAGCAGCAUCUCGUAGAGAUUGGAAAUGCAAGUCCAGCUCCUUCUCAUAUGGGAAAUGAGCCCACUAUCUCUUUAUCUUCAAGUAUCAGAGCACUGAAGCGGGAAAGAGAGUUUCUUGCGAAGAGGUUGAGUACGCGUAUGACGGCAGAGGAAAGAGACGCGUUAUACAUGAAAUGGGAAGUGCCAUUGGAAGGAAAACAAAGAAGGAUGCAGUUCAUGAACAAGCUUUGGACCAAUCCGCACGACGAGAGGCAUGUUAGAGAGAGUGCGGAGAUAGUGGCUAAGCUUGUCGGUUUCUGUGAAGGCGGAAAUAUGUCCAAAGAGAUGUUUGAGCUUAAUUUCGUACUUCCAUCCGACAAGAGGCAUUGGUUUGUUGGCUGGAACCAGAUAUCUGACCUUCUUCAUUUGUGAGAAUAAUGUCCGACCGAUGACUGUUAUAUAUAAUUUUUAUAUAUACAUACAUACAUUCUUUAUGUAAACUAUCAAUUUCUGGUUCCUUAAUUUUUAUGAGUUGUGAGAUGCCAAAUUCUUGGAGUCUUCUUCCUCCUUCGUUGUGUUUGUGUCGAACAUGGGCUAUCUCUAUAUUAUAUCUGUAUCAAUUCGUUCUUCUGUUUUUAUUUGCA